AUGGCAGCCGCCGCCAUGAUGGCGUACUAUCCGUACGACGACAUGUCGAUUGACGAACCCGAGCGAGGGUACCUGAAGAAGUUGGCCGAUCUCGCCGAGCAGCAGAAUCUCGAAGAGGAUAUGCGUUCAUAUGUUCGAGCUGUCACAAUCGCCUUUACCGUCCUUGCCACCGUGGUGGUUGGCUUGCGGUUCACUUCGCGUCAUUUGCAAAAUGCCAAGUACCUAAUCGACGAUUACACAAUGUUGGCGGCGUUGGCCAUCUUGAUCGGGAAUAUGAUUAUGAACUUGAUUUUGGUGGAAGGCGGCAUUGGAUUGCAUUCGGGCCGCCUAAAUCUCGAGCAAACGCAGUUCCUCAACAGAACUAUGAUAGGCGCCGAGAUAUUGUACGUCAACGGUGUCAAUAUGUACAAGGUCGCACUGCUGCUUCUCUACCUACGCAUCUUCCCGAUGCGCGAAGUUCGAAAAGGAGCUUUGAUCUGCGGCAGCUUAACAACCGGGUGGACGCUGGCCUGCGUCAUCGCCGCCUCUAUUCAAUGUUUACCAAUCGUCAAGGUAUGGGAACCCUGGAGGCCAGGCUAUUGCAUCAACCUCUUCUUGACCCAGCUGUGUAUCUCCGUACCCAGCAUUAUCGUCGACAUCGCAAUUCUCUACCUCCCGAUCCCCCAUGUCUUGAAACUUCAGAUGAACAGAGCCCAGCGAGUCCUGGUUCUUUUCACUUUCCUGCUUGGGAGUUAUGUCGUCUUCUGCAGUAUCUACCGCUUCAAGAUUUUUUUGGGGUACACACCAGAUGACGUACCAUAUUCGCUUGCGCAAGGCCUUGCAUGGAACAUUAUUGAAUUAAGCAGUGGAAUAGUUUCAGCGUGCUUACCGACAUUGGGUCCCAUUGUCCGGUUAUUGUGGAAAGGAUUGCUUGACACUGCUCAGCGUAGUGGACUGGACAAGUACGCUCGGAGCAUAUCUACGAACAAGAAAUCGGGAUCGAGGUCAGCAGCCUUAACUAUCGGCGGCGGCCAACGAUCCGGAACCGCUUCCCAAGCCCGCGACGGCUCCAAGGACUGGUCAAAGCUUUCGGAGCCUAACAACAAAGCCAACAACUUCCGCGAAGAGGCCAAGUACGGUAUCGGACUUAGGACAAUGGGCGGAGGCGACGACGAUCGCAGCUCCCGCAGCUCGAACGAGGUGGACGUAACCCCUCAAAACAGCGUCAGCGUGACGAUCAAAAGUCCCGGCGCCUCGAGUUUCCGAGAACGCGACCAGAAUAUGUCGGCAAGGGACUAUUACCACGGAAAAAGACUCACGAGGCAGCAGAGCACUUCGAACUAUUCUCAGUCGAACAAUAUGAUCUGGCAGCACCGUGAAAUUGAAAUAACUACGGAGCCGGUGGAGCCGGAAUCAAUGAUUCCUGAACCCAGCAGCAAACGGAGGUCCGGAUUGCCAUGA